UGAUGCUCUUUGUAUUUAUGAACUUUUGUUCAUCGUAUAAAUAUAUUUAAAAAUUUUUCGCAAAGGUAAUGAAUUUGAAAACCAGUUGCGCACUUAAAAGUAUUAACUCUUUCAUUUGGUAUUCACAAUUUUAACAAGUUUCUGGACCAUUGCAUUCUUAAAACCUAUAUCCUAAUUAAGGUAGGUACUUAAUUGAAUGAAUAACCAUAACUUCAAUAAAUGAUAUUAGAUCGGAAGUAAUCAAAUAAACGAUUAUCUGUUAUUACACUCAAUCCAAUCAAUUCAAAUGUAAUGAAUUUUUCUACUGUUACCGAUAUAGUUUUGUGAUAGUUCAGUAACGAAGUUUAUUACCACACAUAUGGAGAAACACGCAACUGCCAGGGGAUUUUGUCUGUGCCACUUGAUGUGUGUGUGGUAUCAGACUGGAAGGAUCGGACUAUAUUUAGGUUUCUAUAACGUGGGUUACUCGGAGCAACUGAAGAAAUUUGCAUGCGACGAGCAACUAUACGUGCAAAUAAUGGCUUUUGUUAAUUUGCUGGCCAGUUGGCUUUAUCUCUGCUGCAGUCAUCGUUGGAUCUACGACCAGUUUGUAAUCCUACUAUAUGUUCCGCUAUAUAUUUACUUUCUAAUACUGAGAAGACACCUCGCGAAGCUGUUGAAUGAAUGUGCUGGUCUACAUAAGUCGAUGCAAAUGAUAAUGGGAGAGCGAUUGUGUGCAAAGAUUCCUCGAGAAUGUUUCUAUACCCUACUGCUUAUCAUAAUGAGUAUUCUGCGACUUCUAUGGCCGAUAAGAAUAUAUUCGGUUUAUCAGAGUGCUUUUAUAUUCGGAGUCGCAUUUAUUUAUCACUUCGAGCUGCUGUUCUUUGGAAACUAUUUGAUCUGGCUCAGCUGUAUCUUCAGAUCGCUUAAUGCGUUCCUCAUGCAAGACAUGAGAAGUGAUAGAUUGCAUAUGUUGAAGGGAGCGCUGAGACAGCAAACCAAAAUUUGGCGCGUUCAUCGAACUGUGUCACGAUACUUUGCCCUGCAUAUCAUGAGCUUUAUGAUUCAGCCGGGCAUAAAAAUUUGCAUAAUAUUACAGAGUUCAGAUCAACAGAUGAAUGCUCAAAUGAUUUCCCUUAUGUUGCAUUUACUUCUAUUGGCCUUAUUCUUCAUAAUUGCUUCAAACCUACAAAAGCAGCAUCGCAAAUUUCAGCAAAGUUAUCUUGUCCUUAAAGAUGAUCCCAACUAUUUUGUAUUGAAGUCCUGGCGCCUGUUGCAUCAUAGAACUUUGCCAAAGGCAUUUGGAGUGACAUUUUUGCGAAAGCGGGAAAAAGUUCAGUACAAACUGGAUGUGGUAACUAUGAUGUUCUCGAACAACUACCCCGUUGUGCAAUUGACCAAACAACCACUCUGUUUAACAUUUGUUGGCUUUAAAGCUAUCAGGUUUGGCAUUUCUCUUUCUAUGCUGAGGAGUUGCUUGAAAACCCACAUCCGUGAACUUUUGUUAAUGCUUGUAAUUCGUCCACUGUUCAACAAAAACGUAACUUGGCAGGACUAUGAGUCCGAUGACGAUUUGAAUGGAAAUGUUACUCAAACAAUUAGUCAAGUCUAUCGCUUUUAUUUCUAUGAUGAGUUCGAGUGA